UGUUCAAUGGCGGGAAACACAAUUUCAAUAGAAGCCAUUGAAGUAAAACGUUUGUAUUUAUAGAACCGGUGUUAGCUAGCGGAAGUAACCAAUGUCGAUAUGGGACCGAUUUUUGUCCCUAUUUAAUGGCGGUAUGAGGGCUUACAAAGUACAAGACGUUAAGCGAGAAGCUCGAAUAGGCGUCACAGCCAAAAGUUUCAAAGAGUUGUUGGAAAAGGGAUGCAAGAAGCUAAAUCUUUCUCAAAAGGAGGUGACUGUGGUGAUAGAAGAUGAUGGGACAACAGUAUGUGAUGAUGCCUUCUUCAAAAAGUUACCAGCUCAGACUGUCUUUGUCUUCCUUCAGAAAGGAGAGCGAUGGAGGGGAGCUGGAGCCUUGAUACAUGAUGCCCUUAGCAAGUUGUACUGUACCUCCAGAAAGAAUGAAAUUGCUGGUCAAAUUCGAGAUCUCCUCCAGGGAGAGGAUGCUCCAGAGAAAAUUCACAUCAUCUCUCAGUAUCUUGAAAUGAUGCAGACUAACACAGACUGCGAGAAGAGAUAUGAAGAUGAAGACUGGUUUGAUGGCCUCAAUAAGAAGUACAAAAGUAAGAGUGAGGUGAUGAGACACAGUGCCCAGACGAGACUUCGCAGCUACUACACAACGGCAAAGGACCAAGUGGAGAAAGAAGCUGCUGGGGAUUAUAAAGAUCUCUUACUCACCAGUUUAGACGAUGUUCUUAACAAACUCAAACACAAUGACUUUCACUCGACCUACUUUGACCGGUCCGCUGGCACGAAGCUGCGGCUGUGUGACAAGAAAGGCUGGUUUAAAUGCCAAGGCCCAUUUGACAGUGAAUCAUGUGACAAGUAUCACACCAUCAACCCCUACGCCUCCAAGGGAUACCGUCAGUUGUUUGGUCUCUGGAACCUGGACCACAUUAUUGAAAAGUCAAGGGAGGUAAUACCAGCAUACAUAGAGGCAGCAAAGAAUUUACCAAAGGGGAAAGAACUGAACUCUGACCAACUCUACACCCUACUGUUUACCAGACAGAACCUCAAAUUUGUCCAGGUUGGCUGCCACAAGAAAGCUGCACGUAGCUCUGGAAACUGUGCUUGGGAGGAUUUUACUCGCUAACCAACUUUUUACACACACAUCCUGAGAAGAUUGAUUGCCAUAUUAUUAUAGUUUUACAAAGUUGUCUGGAUGCCUGUCGUCCACAGUAACUUGUCCGGAAAACUCCAUCUUUACUUACAGGCAGAUUUUAUUAAAACUGCACUUGAAUUAACAGUAUAUUAUGUAGUUGUGCACCAGCAUUUUAAUUUCAGAUUUCAAAAUGCUUUAAGGGAAUUACGGCCCUUUAUGCAAAAUAACCUGUCAGAAAAACGCCAUCUUAACUAAUAAGCAGGUUUUAUGGAAACUUCACUUAAAUGAUCAGUAUAUUAUGGAGUUGUGCACCUGUAUAUUAAUUUCAGAUUUCAACACUUUUUAAGGGAGUUAUGGCCCUUUAUGCGAAAUAUUUUAUCCGUAAACCCCAAGGUCAAGGUCACUAAAUGAUGUAUAAAUUAUCCUCCAGAUGACAGUUCUAGUUCUGAUAUUCUCGAUAUACCGACAUUUAGUAUACUCAGAAAGGCUGUAUUUACACAGAUAUUCUGUACAGAUUGUCUUUGUAAACAGAAGCUUCAUUUGCACUGAUUAAAGAUAAAAUGCUUUAUCUUUUGAUAAUGAGACUUUUUCCACGUUGAUGAUUAGAUUUUUACUACAAAAAAAUCAAAUAAUUUUAUUCCUAAUAUUUGUUUUUAAGGUCACCUGACUAUUUGAAAAAUAUUUACAUGUAUGUAUAAAAUAAUGCAGGGGUCAAACCAGAGUGUUUGCUCUGGCAUCCCUUUACUUUACCAAUGUUACUGUCCUGGAAACAUAAGCGCACAGCAUCAAAAUGAAAGCCAAACUUGAAAAAAAACUUGAAAAUUAAGUCCCUCUCAGUCAGAAAAAAAAAAAUGGUUGUUCCAUCUUCUAUU